AUGGAUGAGGCAAGCAGGUCAUUCACCGCAGGCGAAGUCAAAUUUUUCUCUCAGUGCGAUACUGGAAGCAUUCCGGUGAUCGUAUUGUUCACAAAGUUUGAUUACCUCUACAACGUUGCAUACACACAACUGAAAAGUAUGGGAACAUCUUGGAAAGACGCUAAAGCACUGGCCCCAAAACAUGCUGAAGAGUCAUUUGCUAAUGGGCCACAAUUGAAUUUUCUCAAGGAUGUCCCAAGGCCUCCAAAAGCUUAUGUAUGCCUUCCUAGCAUGGAUAAUGAGGGUGCAGAUUGUGGGCCGCUGAUUGAACACACAGCUGCAGCUCUGGAUAAUGAAGUACUGAAGCAAUUAUUUGUCUCCACCCAGCAAACCAUCUUGGAGCUCUGCAUGAGAUAUGCAAUUGAGAAAACACUCUUGGAACAUCUUGAUCCUGCAGAGACAACAACAUCCGGAGGUCAAAAGGCAAUCAUAGCAAAAAUGGGCGCCUGGUUUCCACAUAUUUCUGUAAGAUUAUCGCAAAGUUUGGAGGUUGUUCUCAUUAAUGUUGGACAUUUACUUGCAAGCAAGUGUAAGUCUGUUGAUCCUCCUUUGAGCUUGAGCUAUGUUGAGCAUGUCGUCCCCCUGUUCGCAGAUGAGCUUCAUGAUGAUCACUGUGUUGAGAUACAGUCUAGGUUACUUUCUGUGCCCUCUCAUUCAUUGCCCUUGGAGAACAUCAUUCAGCUCAUUUCUGCCGUUGUUGUUAUCUUCGAACACUCUUUCUACAUUUUUGACAAGUGGCAUUAUAUUUGGGACCAGCAAAAACAUGUUCCCUCUUUUUAUGUCGCUCUGGAGCAGUACAUGGCAUCUCUGCAUGCAGCUGCUGUUAGGAAAGGUGUGAGCGCUGCCGUUCAGGCUUAUGAAGAAGCUGUGGCUACUGCUGCAAAAAGGAGAGAAUCUUCAUACUGUCGUGCAAAGGUGGAGUUGAUCAAAACUGUUCUUGAAGUUGCAUUAAAUAAUCGACUGUCAAGACCUGAUAAUGCAACAUAA